AGAAGAGAGAGGUAGAGAUCAGCUGUGAAAAUGGAAAUACAAAAUGUACUCAUGAGGAGUUUGGUUGUCGUGGGGAUAUUUGCAUCUGUGAUCUGGACUAUUACAGAUGCUGAAAAGGUGAGCUCCUGCUGUACACAUGUCAACAAGGAAGAAGUAACCGAUCCCAUUAUUAGUUACAGUAAACAAGAAGCUGAUCUUCCAUGUGUGAAGGCAGUCAUCUUUACGACUGAAAAGGGGGAAUUCUGCAGUGAUUGGACACAAAAAUGGGUUUUGAAGAAAAUUCGCCAGUUUCUAAGAGCUCAAAGAAAAAAGCUUGCUGAAGAACGAGUGAUUGAACACCUGACCUCACCGACACCAACAACAUCCAUUACUGACACCACUCUUGUGGGAAGAUCUACCCAAGAACUUGCACAAGGAUCCACUCAAGAACUUAAACAAGGAUCCACC